AUGGAGAAGAAUCAAGAACUUGAAUGGGUUGAAGCACAGAAGAUUGGCAUAAGCCAAGACCUUGUGGCUGCAGCCAAGCAGCAGCUAAAAUUUCUAGCAGCUGUCGAUAAGAAUCGCCACCUCUAUGAUGGCCCUGCCUUAGAGAGAGCCAUAUAUAGGUACAAAUAUUGUUGGCUUCCUUUACUAGCCAAACAUGCCGAGUCCCAGUUUCCAGAGUUCCCUUUGGUAGUGCCUCUUGAUUGUGAAUGGAUCUGGCAUUGUCACAGGCUCAAUCCGGUACGGUACAUGGUCGAUUGCAAGGAGCUGUUUGGGAGGAUCCUUGAUAAUCAAAAUGUUGUGUCCUCAGUGCAGGGCAUUUCCAAACAACAAAGUGAAGAAAUCUGGAAGAUGAUGUAUCCAAACGAGUCGUAUGAGCUGAAUUGGACUGUCCACUUACAAAAUGCUGCUGAAAAUAUGUUGCCAGCAUCAGGAAGCACCAAUUAUGAUCUCGUUUCAGCUGUUAAAAGGCAAAGUCCUUUCUACUUUCAGGUAUCUACACCGAGUAUGAAUGAUGAUCUCUUCCUUGAAGGGGCUGUUGAAAGAUACAAGGGGUUCCUGUAUCUGAUCAAGAAAAAUACAGAGAGAAAUAUGAAGCGCUUCUGUGUUCCAACUUAUGACAUUGACCUUAUCUGGCACUCUCACCAAUUGCAUCCGAUAUCUUAUUGCAAGGAUCUGAUGGCAAUACUAGGCAAGGUACUAGAGCACGAUGACACAGAUUCUGAUAGAACUGAAGGGAAUAAGCUGGAUGUUGGAUUUACUGCAACCACAAAGCAGUGGGAAGAUACAUUUGGUUUGAGGUAUUGGAAGGCUGGGACAAUGUUUAGAGGCAGUGGCCCAUCUCCUCUCCUGAGCAAUAAAAGCCCUUUUAAGACUGUGACCAAGGAAAUAGUUCCCUCAAUUGAGUAUGACAAAAUAAUUUAUCUGCCAGGAAAAUGCUCGUGGAGCCGUCCAUCAAAGUUGUUCAGUCUGUGUACAUUGGAGAUUUUUGCUUUAUUGUUUCCAAUUCCUGUUCAGGUUUUCCUGGAGAUUGUGGGGGUAAGGAACUUACCAGCUGGUCAUACAGGCAGUCUCUUUGUCUAUUUCAGUAAGAAACAGCCAGAUGUGCUCUUCAACACCAAAAGAAGAUUAAGCAUUAUGUCUGAGCUAGGGAAGAAGCAAGUUGCAGCUCUCCGUUGUGAACCUACUGGAGAGCUGCUUUUUGAACUCAUGUCAUACUUGCCUUCUAGCUUGCACACUGAAAAUUCACUCAAAAUUUUGGGAACUACUUCAAUCGCGCUACAGGAGCUGCUGAACUCCAUUUCCAAACUCUCAGUUGAUAAAUGGUUUGACUUGGUAUCCAGUUCUGAAGUUGUAGGCUCCCAGCCAAUUAGUCUGCGGGUUGCUGUCUCUGUCACUCCUCCAGUUCAAGCACCAUAUCUGGUGCACAUGGUUCGAGGGCACCCAUUAUCAAGCACUUCUUCCUUUCCACUUCCUGAAAGGUUUCAACAGGCCAAGAGUUGGACAUGUAUUGUAGAUGAGGCUGGCAACGAGGUCAUCAGUGUCCGAAUGAGUGGGGAUCCAAAGAAAUCAGAGGGGAAGAGCAGUUGUACUUCUAGAAAAGAAGUAAUUGGCGUAACAAGAUCUGGUAAAACAUGUCUUCUUGCGGAGUUGCUUGGAGAAGGAUGGUCUUUGAUGGGUUCCCAAUGGUCCUUUCAGCUUCAGAAGAAUGCUAGUGAAGAUGACAUUGCAUUUGAGCUUAUGGGCAGCAGAAAGAUAACGAUUUUUCAUGGAAGAAAACUAGCAUACGAAAUAGAGGAUUGCAAGAGGAAGGAAGAUGAAAGGGAUUUCAUGACAGUAGUAGAAUUCUCUGAUGAAGAUCCUUACGGAAAAGCAAUAGCUUUGCUUAACUUGAAAUCGGGUUUUCUCCGGGUAGAUACCAUUGUUUCUUCAUUUGCUUAUUUCAUUAACUCAAAUUUGAAGCUCCUCAGUAAAAUUGAAAUGCUUGAAUUUGUGUAUGAGAUGGAACAGGUUGAGGAACAAGGGUUUGUAUUGCCUGGAAUCACCCUGGCCUUCAUACUUUCCGACAUUUUACUGAAAGAAGGCUACGGUUCUUCAAAUUUGAAAAGAGAGAAAAUUAGAGAGGCUCAUGAAGCAAUGCCAGAAAAGGAUUGCCCAUGCAGUGGAGAAUGCAGCAAGAGAAAUGGAACUGUCCAAAAAGGCCUUUUGAGCAUAGAAUAUGGUGGCUGUGUCCAUGCAAGUACAAUGAAGAGCCACUGUUUUAGUGGGUUGACUGGAGCUAGUGCUUGCGGCGGGUCUGGUGGCUGUGGUGGCGGAUGUGGUGGCAGCUGUGGUGGUGUAACUUGUAAUGGCGGAGGUUGUGAAGGAGAAUGUUGA